AAGAAGAAUGUAUCCAUCAAGAAUAUUUCGUCAUCAUCAAAUAUUUAUUCAUUGUUAUAUUAUGCUACAAUUAUCAUCAUUAUUACAAUUAGUCAAUGGUUUUAUUUGUGAUCAACAAUGUACAUGUAUACAAUCAUCGGGAAAAUUCACAGCCAAUUGUACUGGAUUAAGCUUACAUCGUUUACCUCAGUGUACGGAUUUAAAUCCUGAACAACAACAACGUAUGAAACGUAUACAGGUUCUUUGGUUACAACGGAAUAAUUUUGCAAAACUAAAUAGCCAUAUAUUUAAUAAUGCAUGUUUGGAUAAUUUGCAAAAAAUUUAUCUACAACAAGCUCUAAUUGCCGAAAUCGAUGACAAUGCAUUCUAUCCAUUGACCAAUAUAAUUGAAUUAUCAUUGUCGGAAAAUUUUCUAACUUUGAUACCAACGAUUGCAUUUGAACAUUUAAUACGAUUACAAACAUUAGAUUUAUCCUGGAAUCGUAUACGUGAAAUUUCAAAUAAUUCAUUCAACAAAUUGGUUAGCUUACGAAAAUUAUCAUUAGAAAGAAAUAAUAUCAGUUAUAUUGAUAUUAAUUCAUUUGCCGGUCUUAUCAACAUACAAACAAUUAAUCUUGCAUCGAAUCAUCUUACAAUAUUGAAUCCAGAUUCAUUUAUAUUCCUAAAGAAUCUUCAUACAUUAUAUCUAGAAUCAAAUGAAUGGAAUUGUAAUUGUCGUAUGCAACCAUUCAAAAGAAUGCUUAUACAACAACGAAAUCGGCUACAGAUUAUUGAUCAGCCACGUUGUUCAGGAACAUCGGUCAUAUGGAGUAAUUUAGCAUUAGAUCAUUUUCAAUGUGCACCGAAAAUCUAUCAUAAUGUUUCGGAUACAGAUAUAACGUUAAGUGAAGGUUCAACAUUACGUAUGAAAUGUGCCAUUGAAAUAGAAACAUUUGGUGAUCCAAUUGUUGAUCGUGAAUAUUUAUCUCUAUCAAAUAUUAAUUGGUAUUGGAAUAAUAUACAAAUUAUGAACAAUUCAAAAGGCUGUGAUCAUAAUUGUAAUAAACAUAUGCCCAUAUCACAUUCACAAGAAUUUCAAAUCGAUGAAUCGAUUGAAGAAUUGAAUGCAACAAUCAAACUUAAAGUAUCACAGCUAGCAUUAUAUUCAGUGAUGACAUUGAAUGCUGGAAAUUAUCGUUGUAGUGUUGUUAAUCAUGCCGGUAGUGAUGAAAUGUUCUAUACCGUUUAUGUUGUACCAUAUUAUUCACAUAGUACAAAUUUUUUUCAAAAUGAUCAACAUCCCAAAGUGAUAACACCAGCUAAUACGGCUAAAAGGCCAUCAUCUGAUUCACAAAUUUCAUAUAAUAAAAAUAUUAUAAAUCAUCAGGAUGAAAAUGCCGAUCAUGUUCUAUUUGGUUUAGUGCUUGGCAUAUUAAGUGGCUUAUUCCUGGUUCUAGUCAUAUUUAGUAUUAUGUUUGUUUUUUUUGUACGUAAACAAAAAAUUGUGCCGACAAAUCCACAAGAAUUAAUCAUGAUUGAUACUGUAUCGAAUACCGAUAAUAAUACAUCGAUCAAUACAUUGGAUGAUCCAAAUCAAGAAACAAAUACAGAAACAACAACCGAACGGAAUGCAUCACAAAAUGAAUUCAAUCCGUUAUUAGUGGUAAAUCCGGUAAAAAAACCACCAAGACUUGGCAUACCGGAUGUUAGUUCAAUAUAUUCCACUCCAUCUUGGACGUUAAAUCGUACAAAUACAUUGAUACAUAAUUUACAUUCUGCUGUUCAUCCACAUAAUAUUCUCAAUAAUAAUAAUAAUCAUCAUCAACAUCAUCACAUUAAUCGAUCUCGUUAUGCAUCGUAUGCUGAAUCAGAACCACUUUAUUCACCACUAUAUAGUACAUUGUAUAGAAAUCAUCAUAAUCGUCAUCAUUUUUUGGCCAAUCGAAUAUUGAACAACAACAACAACAAUAAUAAUAAUAAUAAUAAUAUAAACAACAAUGAUAUAAUGGCCGAUACAUUCAUUUCUGAUACUGCAUCAGAAGUUUGAAUUUUUGUUUAUCUCAUCAUUUUAUUUUUAUUUUAUUUUAUUUUUUUGAACAUAAUCGAUAAAUAAUGUACAAAUAAAAAGUUUUUAUUCCUGCUCUCAAUGUGGAUAUUUGAUAAAAAUUGUAUGAAA